AUUUAUUUUAGGUUGGAGCAGUGACUCGGUGGUUAAGAUAUUGUUGCUCUUGAAAAGGACCUGAGUUCAAUUCCCAACACCCACAUGGUAUGUCACAGCCAUCUACCACCCCAGUUCUAGGGGAUCCAACAGGCAUACAGGCAAAAAAUUCAUACACACAAGAUUUCUUGGCCACUGGUGUUCAGACAAACCUCAGCACAAUGACUCUGCAAGAGUUGGUACACCAUGCUGCUUCCAUGUAUUUGGACAGAAAGGCUGUAUGCUUUGAUGAAGGCAACAACCAGCCUCCAGUGUGUUACACCUACAAGACUCUGCUGAGUGAGGCUACACAAUUAUCGAAUUUUCUGCUAACACACUGUGACUUUGGAGGAAUUCGGGAAAUCGGUCUCUACUGUCAACCUGGGAUAAAUUUACCCUCCUGGAUUUUAGGGAUUCUUCAGGUCCCGGCAGCUUAUGCGCCCAUUGAUCCAGACUCACCACCGUCAUUAUCAACUCACUUUAUCAAAAAAUGUGGUCUGAAGUAUGUUCUCGUUGAAAAAAAGCAGGCUAAUAAAUUCAAAUCUUCACAUGAAACAGUUUUGAACUAUGACACAGUUUCAGUGGAGCAUAAGGACCUGGUGCUCUGCAGACUUCAUUGGGAAAAUGAUGAGGUGAUGGUGCUCAGUGAUAGAGAAGAGAUAAAUGACAGAAAAACCAGCAUGAACUCUGAGAACAACAGCAAACAGAAGCCACAUAUGGACAUUCGGCAAGAGUGUUGCUUGGCUUAUGUCCUACAUACCUCGGGGACCACAGGGACGCCAAAGAUUGUCAGAGUGCCUCAUGCAUGCAUACUACCAAACGUCCAGCACUUCCGGUUACUUUUUGACAUCACUCAAGAAGAUGUUUUGUUUCUGGCUUCACCUCUGACCUUUGAUCCAUCUGUGGUGGAAAUAUUUGUUUCUCUGUCCAGUGGGGCCUGUCUGCUUAUCGUGCCAACUUCUGUCAAAGUGCUGCCAUCAAAAUUAGCUGACGUUCUCUUUUCCUGCCACAGAGUGACUGUUUUGCAGGGAACGCCAACAUUGCUGAGAAGAUUUGGCUGUGAGCUCCUCAAGUCCACUGUCUUGUCAGAACACAGUUCUCUGAGAGUGCUAGCCCUCGGUGGGGAAGCCUUCCCCUCACUGACUAUUCUCAAAAGCUGGAGAGGCAAAGGCAAUAAAACACGAAUAUUUAACAUUUAUGGUAUCACAGAGGUAUCCAGUUGGGCGAUGUUCUACAGGAUCCCGGAUGAGAUUCUUAAUUCUCCUGUAAAACAUGAAUCUCCUGUGCAGCUGGGUUCUCCACUACUUGGAACGGUGGUUGAAGUCAGAGACACAAAUGGUUCCCCAGUUCAUGAAGGCACCGGCCAAGUAUUUUUAGGUGGGGAAAACAGAGUAUGUUUUCUUGAUGAUGAAAUGACAGUGCCUCUUGGCACCAUGCGAGCCACAGGAGACUUUGUGACUGUGAAUGAUGGAGAGAUAUUUUUCUUGGGAAGAAAGGACAGCCAGAUCAAGCGUCAUGGCAAACGUCUUAACCUUGAGCUUGUACAACAGGUGGCUGAAGAACUUGACCAGGUGGACUCCUGUGCGGUUACAUGGUAUAAUCAGGAAAAGCUGAUUCUCUUCGUUGUAUCCAAAGUUGGUUUAGUAAAGGACCACAUCAUUAAAGAGUUGCAGAAACAUCUUCCAACUCAUGCCCUCCCAGAUGACAUGGUGUUGAUUGACACUCUACCAUUUACAUGCCAUGGUAAAAUUAAUGUUUCUGAGUUAAACAAGAUGUAUUUAGACUACAUAAACUCACAGCCUAGGAAUAAGAUCCAUGGAAAAGAGGAACUUUGGGGAAAUUUACAGCAUUUAUGGAAGUCUAUUCUGAGUCUCCCUGAGAAUCCAGAAGAUACUUUGGAAGUUCCUGAUGACUCAGUCUUCCUGGACAGUGGUGGAGACUCCCUGAAGUCCACAUGGCUCCUCAAUGAGAUUGAAAAACUCAUUGGCACAUCCAUACCUGGACUCCUGGAGCGUAUUCUCAGCAGUCCUAUCUUAGAGGUUUACAACCACAUCGUUCAGACGGUGUUUACACACGAGGACCUGAAAGUCAACCGGGGUUAUACCACAAAAAGAAAACUUAGUGACAUGGAUCCAGAGGAAGCCAGUGGCAAGCCUGCACAUCUGGAGUCUGCCUUACCCUUUACCCACCACAGUGAGAUGAAUGCUCUGAUUGCUCUGAGCAGAGGGAGUCAGAUUUUGUCUCUGGGCUCUUGGAGGCUUUUAACUGAGUCAGUCUGUCCUCUGGAUUUAAUUCCACAGACUAGUACUCAAGUACCAAAAGGCUUAAGUCUUCCAGCUCCUGAUGAAAAGUUGAAAAAGCCACCGGUUUCUCAGGAGGGGAAGCCCGAGGUAGGGGUCAAGGCGAUGGUGUUGAGAGAGAGGUGGAGAUCAGACACAGGCAAAUGUGUAGAUGCUUCCCCUCUGAUCGUGAUAGCAGCUGUCAAUCGGUCAUCUACAACCGUGUAUAUUGGCUCCCACUCCCACAGAAUGAAGGCAGUUGACCUUUACUCUGGGAAGAUGAGAUGGGAGCAGCUUUUGGGAGAUCGAAUUGAAUCCUCAGCAUGUGUGUCUAAGUGUGGAAACUUUAUUGUAGUGGGCUGUUAUAAUGGAUUAGUUUAUGUUCUAAAAAGUAAUAGUGGAGAAAAAUACUGGGCAUUUACUACUGAAGAUGCUGUGAAAAGCUCGCCCGCCAUGGAUCCUACCACAGGACUUGUUUAUGUCGGAUCUCAUGACCAGCAUGUGUAUGCUCUAGACCUUUAUGAAAAGAAGUGUGUCUGGAAGCUAAAAUGCGGAGGAGCACUCUUUUCUUCUCCAUGUUUGAGCCUGAGUCCACAUCACCUCUACUGUGCUACACUGCAGGGACUCUUACUGGCUGUAAACCCUGCUACUGGGAGUGUAGUUUGGAAGCACUCCUGUGGAAAGCCACUCUUCUCUUCCCCUCGGUGCUGCCAGCAGUACAUUUGCAUCGGCUGUGUGGAUGGGAGCUUGUGCUGCUUCACUCACUCAGGAGAACAGGUUUGGUGCAUCUCUGCUGGAGGACCAGUCUUUUCAUCACCGUGUAUCUCAGCAGCAGAACAAGAAAUAUUUUUUGGUUCCCAUGAUUGCUUUCUCUACUGCUGUAGCAUGGAAGGCCACCUCCGGUGGAAAUUUGAGACUACAGCAAGAGUGUAUGCAACACCCUUUGCCUUUAGUAACCGGAGCUGUAGCAGUGAAACAUUGCUGGCAGCUGCAUCUACUGAUGGGAAACUGUGGAUCCUUGAGUCUCAGAGUGGAAAGCUGCGAAGUGUGUAUGAAUUCCCUGGAGAAGUUUUCUCUUCUCCUGUGGUCUGGGAAUCGAUGCUUAUUAUUGGGUGCAGAAAUAAUUACAUUUACUGUCUGGAUUUAUUGUGUGGGGAUAAAAAUAAUCAAGUGCACUCAUUGUAAGUAUACUUGUGUGACAUGGUUGGAAACAUCAUUGUAAAGCUACAUGGCUGGUUUUAUAGUAAAGAUUCUAUUUUGGUUAAGGGAUUUGUUGUACUUCAGUAGAGAACAGCCAUGUUUAUUUCCUAUGGAAGCAGCAGGAACUUCUAGGAAGAGAGGAUAAAACACCUGCUGUGGGUUUUUU